AUGACUGGAAACCUAAGUUCUUCUUUAUCAGGGAAGAGGUUUUGCCGGUUGCCAUGCCUUUUAGGGACUGGACCGAGGCCAUACCGAAGGAAGAUUGACCAGUGGUCACCUAGCAGUAGGGAGGUUCCGGUUUUGAAGAUCGGCGAUCAAGAAGCGCGACUCUAUCAAGCUGCCUUCUCGACAUUUGGUGGCUCCAUGGGCGUUCGCCCAUUGCGCGAUGACGAGGAAAGUUGGUAUGACCAGAUUAAAGGCAAUUUCAUGUUUCCAGCUGCUGAUGCUUUCGCUUCGCCGCCCACCGCUACUGAAGGCUUGUCACGUGUAGCUAAGGGAAAGACUGGUGCUGGUGGGUCGAAAAGCUCUGGGAGCGCGGGUUCUCGUAACCCUGAAGCUGGCGCGACUCCAUCUUUUCCUGAAGAUGACGAAGCUGAAGAAGAAGAUGCUGGUGCCCGGCUUAUUGGGCGGAAGAGGGGUAGGAGCGAAGCCACGACUGGUGUGGCUUCCGCCCCUACAUCUGUUGUGAUUCCCGUGGUUGGGAAAACGAGCAAGCUGCGCUCGUUAUACAAAUUUUCUCCUGAAAUCAAGAAGAAGACCCCUGAGAAGGGUGUCACGUUCAGUGAGGCUGCGGCGAAGAGGCCCAAGGUUACCAUCAAGUCCACUGACACUGCUGCUCAGGAUGCCGCGAAGGCUGCUGAGGCGCAGCGAAAGGUGGAGGAGGAUCGGAAGAGAGAGGAAGAGAAGAAGAGGGUUGCCGAGAAGAAGAGGAAGGAUGAAGAAGAGAGGAAGAGGAAGGAGGAGGAGAAAAAGAAAGAGGAGGAGAGGAAAAGGAAGGCGGAGGAGGAGAGGGUGGCCGAAGCGGCGAAGAAGAGGGCCCUGGAGGAGUUGGAAAAAAAGAAGGCCAUGGAGCAGCCUGUUAAUGUUCAAGGCCCUGAGGUUACAAACCCUACCCACUCCGCUCCUGUCAUUACUUCUAAGGGUGCGGGUCGACAUGCUUCAAGCAGCGCGAGCUCUGGUGGUGCAGGGGGUUUUAACCCAAACGUGGUCGGGGCGAAGGAUACCGUCGGCGAUAUCUACUAUAAAACUUACAAUGAAGAAGAACGCGGCGAUGCUCCUCACCAAGCCCCUUGGAGCUUAAAGCAAAAAGAUACAUUUCAUGAAUUUGCCCCUUGCCGCGAGUGGUUUUUGAAUUCGUUUACCCCUGCAGAAGUUAACCGGCUAAGGGCGAAACCCCACAAAAUGUUAUACCGCACCUUUAUACUUGGAGAGGCCAACGCUCGUGCUGCCAAUCACCAGAUAGUCCGUGAAUGGCGAACUAUGGUUAGAGAGCGCGCCGACUCGGAGGCUUAUCGCGAGCGCUCGUUAAAACGAAUAGCUGAGUUUGAAAAGUAUAAGGCUGCUCUUGGUGAGGAGAGAGCUAAAUUUGAAGCUGAUAAGAGGGCCGAAGCAUGGGGCCGCGAGGGCCUGCAAAAGAAACUUCAUAAUGUUGAAGAGCAACUGGCCAAAGAGAAGGCCGAUUUUAAACGUAUUUGUGCCCAAGACAACGAGCGCGCCUAUGCGGCUCGACAGAAGAUAGUUGAUCUUGAGGCGAAAGUUGCUGACUUGACCUCGAAGGUAGAGGAGGCGCAGGGAGAGAAGGCUGCCAAACAGCAGGUGGAGGUUAGUCUAUUUGUUUUCCUUUAUUCUUGCUGUGUUGUUAAUAAAUCGGCCUAA